AUGGACUUCGUUGUAGGAUUACCCCGCACUUCCCGUGGUCUUGAUAGUAUUUGGGUCAUCGUGCAUCAACUGACCAAGUUAGCACACUUCAUUCCUGUCCAUACUUCCUACAGUGCUGAGAGGUUAGCCCACCGGGGCCCACAGUUCACAUCUAGUUUCUGGAGGACCUUUCAGGAUGAGUUGGGUAUGCGUGUUGACCUUAGCACAACUUUCCACCCGCAGACUGAUGGUCAGUUGGAGCGCACGAUUCAGGUUCUUGAGGACAUGUUGCGGGCUUGUGUUAUGGAUUUUGGGGAGCCCAGGCCGCGCGGUACAGACUUGAUGCGAGAGGCUUUAGAUCAUGUGAGGGUGAUUCAAGAUAGGCUCAGGACAGCCCAGAGUAGACAUCGGAGUUAUGCAGACCGUAGGCGUCGACCGUUGAAAUAUGCUGUUGUUGGGGAGGUCACAUAUGAGUUAGUUUUGCCCCCGGCCUUUUCAGCUAUUCACCCAGUUUUUCAUGUUUCGAUGUUGUGCCGGUAUGUUCCAGAUGAGUUCCAUGUGAUUCAGUAUGAUGCAAUUGACUUGGAUGACAGUUUUAGAUACAUAGAGGAGCCAAUUGCUAUUUUGGUCAGAGAUGUCAGACGGUUGCGUUCCAGAGCCAUUCCUGUGGUUAAGACAGCUUAUUUCUGUAGUCUACUUUUAGGACUUGUACUUUUGUUAGCAGCUCUGUUGAUUGGGAUGGCUCGCACGCGUGGUAGAGCCCCAGCUAGGGGUAGAGGCCGUCCUCGAGGUCAUGCCAGAGCUACAUCACCAGGACCGAGAGCAAACUCUGGAGCUGGUGAUAGAGCCACCAGCAGCUCCAGCAUAGCAAGAUCCGAUGGGCCCGGGACCAGCCCACCCACUGCCCAAGCCUGUGGUGUAACGACCCUAAAAAUUAACUAG